GUGAGUCUAUUCGUGAUGUUUGUAAUAAACGGUUAAAACUGUAAAAUACUUGACAAUUGUCUGCAACCAUAGAUCCGUUUAUUUGGUCUCUCCAUCGCAUGUCUUGACGUGUGCUGUCAUUGCCAUCACUACCAUCGCUAUAUGAAUGCCAUUUGUGUGACAUUUGGCUCGUAAUAGGACUCAUUCAUGGAUUAAGUGGUGAAAUGGUGUGAUGUAUGGACUAAAAGUGUGUCAAAUGUGUGUCUAAUCCGCGAAUACAUCGAUGUCUGCAAUGGAGGAGCACUCGAGACGUGGUGUGAAGGACCUGAAGGAUGUGAUCCCGGGUUUACUCCAUUUGGCAGAACUGAGCAGAGGUCGACUCUAUUUGGCGACCGUUAAGCCCGGACUCGUGAACCCUUUGAAGACUAAAUCGGAUUCAAUGAUCACUUACUUCAGUAUUGAUGACCAACUCGUAUACGAAGGAUUUGAUGCGGACUUCGGGCCCCUGAAUGAGGCGAUGCUCUAUAGAUAUUGUCUUAAACUCAAUAAACUUCUUAAGUCAAAUAAGAAGAAAAUAGUUCACUACACGACCACUGAAUGCAAAAAGCGAGUGAACGCCGCAUAUCUCAUUGGAUCGUAUUGUAUCAUCAACUUGAAGGCGUCACCCGAAGAGGUUUACUCGAAGUUAAUGGCCAACAAUGGGCCCCAUUUCCUACCUUUUAGAGAUGCGGCGUUU